UAUGAACAAAAGCCCUAGUACAUAUAUAUUGUAUAUUUCAGAUUCCAAACAUGCUUUCAGAAAGAGCUUUCUAUGAAAAGAACUUGCUCAAAACUUCAUUUUGAAGAAUAGAUUUAUUGGUUCCACGUUUCUAUCAUGGUACUCAAUGUAUAGUACCGUACCAAUGGUUUCACUUAUUAUGGUAUGAAUGCAGCACCGGUAUACUGAUGGCUGCUGACAUAAAUCCAGUGUUAAAAUAUCUAAUUGCUUCAGAGCCCGGAAAUAGUCUAUGCUUGAAGAUUGUUUUGGCGUGACUAAUGUAUUUUGUCAUUGGGGUUUUCCACAAACAAAUAAAUAAAUGAUCUUGGAUGAAUGCACCCAAACAGAACCCUGUUUUAUUGUUCAUGAGAGUGUGUACCUGUUGGGAGCACUGAUGUUUCUGGGGCUAACCUGCUACUGUUACAAGCAGACUUUAAGACACCCCAGCUGUGUGGACUACUGGCUUAUAUGAGGUUUUGUAUCCCAAUAGUAGGCAAGGAAAUGAGAUGAGAAACUAAAAAAGAGCUUUUAAGAAAUAAGCUCCAGUGGUUAGACUGAAAUUGCCAGUGAAUACUUGUGAGGGGACACCUCUACCAGUUCUUAAAAUAUGUGUACAAUUGAUUAAGUUCUAAUUUAGUUAGACAGACUACAAAGUAUUGUGCAAAGUAGUGUACAGUGUGUAGUGUACAAAGUAGCUGUUAAAGAUAACCUCCUCAGAAAUACCCUCAUCCCUCAAUCAUUCAUCCUCUAAACUGAAUUGACUAUCAUACACUGUUCUCUUAUAUAGUCUACUCUCAGGUUCUACAUCCAUCUGUUGAAUUCACUCAAAGAUCAUAAUAGGGGGUAGGACUCAGGAGAUUACCUUGAAAUGAGAGUGUAUAAUUGAAACUGCUUUAGUUACACAUUUGUUACCGUAAAACAGUAUCUGACUAUUGUAUGCAAAACUAAGAGAAGACAUAAUGCCUCAAUGAUAUCUGGGAAUUUUGAAGAGAUACUAAAGAGAACCGUGGCAGCGUUAUCAAAACUAUAAAGUAUAUCUUACCAGAAGAAACAGACAACUUCAGUUAUAAAUACAUGUGAUUAAGUGGUAUGAAUGGUAAAGAACCCUUUGUGUCACAUUCCCUUUGUGCCGUUUAAAAUGUUUGAGUACUGGUGUGCUUCCUGUUGAUUUUUUCUGUGUUAUUAAAGAACCACAACGGGGAGAUCAAAGAUCAUGGACGGAUGCACGUGAUAGAUGCUUUCCUGCUUGCAACAAAAACUGCAUGCAUUAGCCUGCUACCUUCACAGGAAUGGGUUAACUGAAAGAGUUUAAACCUUUACUUUCACUUCCUUGUUAUCUGCUGACAUAAAAUGGCGGAGUCUCCCGAACCUCUUGAAAGUAGGAGACAGAAGUGUAUAAGCAAUAAACGAUCUGAAAGCUCUCCAGUGUCAUUUCACAUGGGGCAUAGACAAGUCUGACAUAAAAAAUACAAAAGCCAUCUCUGAAGAACUCUUUAAUCAUUUAGAGCUCUGCCACGCCACAUACCGUGGCACAUACUUUAACAUUCUGGCAUACUUGAGCCACUUGGAAGGAGACCGCCGUACCGCGUUACGAUGUCUUCGCAAAGCAAAAACUGCACUGAAGGGACAGGAGGAUGACCUCAAUAUGCUGGUGACAUAUGGGAACUAUGCCUGGAUUGCCUACCACGCUGGGAAUGUGGAUCAAGUGGAACGCUAUCUACAAAAGAUGCGUGCCAUCCUCAAAGGUCAUCCCAAGAGAGCCUGCAAACUUCCCACCAUUUGUGGAGAAAGGGGUUGGACUUUUCUUAGGUUGGGGCUCUCCAUCUUCUUAGCCAAAGAGAGUUUUGAGGAGGCCCUUAAGAGGGAACCACAGAGUGUGUCUUUCAAUGUGGGCUAUGCUGUGGUGCUGUACAGACUAGAUGUUAGGUUAAAGGGCAAGGUACAGGGAGAAGAGGAGACCAGCAAGGUAACCAGUCAGCUAAGGAAGGCCCUGGUCCUGGAGCCUGGAAAUGUGGAGGUUAUGGCCCUCUUAGCCCUAAAACUGCAAAGCCAGGACAAGGACAGACAGGAAGCCAUGGCUCUUGUCAAGCAGGUCCUGAGCCUGUCCCCAGAUUCUCUUCUGGUUACCAACCAUUUAACCAAGUUCUUCAAAAUGGAGGGAUCCAUUAAGGAGUCUUUGGAUGUUCUGAGGACGGCUCUGGAGGUCACUCCCACAUCCUUCUUUCUGCACUACCAGACAGGCCUGUGCCACCAGUGGCUGCUGUUCCAGAUGCUGGAGAAGAGGAGGCAGCGUGCGAGGAUGGAGCAGGUCGCGUCGGAAAGCAUGCUUGACACCGAAACUGCAGAGAGCAUACAUCACUUCUCAAGAGCUGUGGAGCUACAGCCUUCCAACAUCUCGGCUCGUGUGAAGCUGGCAGAGACCUACGGUCAAAACCUGCAGAUGGAAGAGGCUACUAAGAUCUUCAUGUCCCUGAAGAAGGACCAGAGCCUGGGGGAGUUUGAGCGGCAGCAUGUGCUAUGCUCCUAUGGGUGUUUCUUGAUGUAUCAAAUCAGGAGCCGGAGCGCAGCUGUCACACAGUUGAAAGCAGCCUAUCAAAUUCCAGUUCAUACAGGUGAAAAACAUAGGGCAGAAAGAAAGUUGAGGCUGAUAGCUGAAUGGUGGAGCACACAGCAUUCCAAAGAAGCCAAUGAGAUACUGACCUUUCUGCAUGACCAGGACAAACAGGAGCAGGAGAGACAAAGAGAGGAGGACAACGAGGAGAAAUCAAGAGUGGAGCAGAGGAGUAUGAAGGAGAGCAGGAGGCAGAAGAGGGAGAUACAGAAAGAGAAGAAGAAAGAAAGGAAAAAGCAGAAGGUGGCGAUGAAUAAAGAGAAAGAGAAUCAAAGGAAGGAGGACAAGCAAAUGCUGCAGGAGAAAAUUAGUGAUGGCCUGGCAACCAUUUUUGAGUUUUAGAUUGAACAUUUGCCCAUGUUGUUUGCCAAUCUGAGAUGGACAUAAUUUUUUACUUUACCUCUAAUUUUUUUUUUACUGAAUGUGACUAGUUGAUUUUGACUAGUUGAAGACAAACAUA